AUGCAAGCGGAUUUAACGAGCGUAGAGGUUGUUUUUGCUCAAAAAUUAGCUUGUGGAGAGCCCUUAACAAGGCAACGAGCAUUUCGAGCUUUGCAAGACUGGAUAAAACAGCAAUCUUCAGUAAAUCCCUUCACCGAAGUGGACAUGCUACGAUUGUGCAAGGGACUUCAUUAUGUUCUAUGGAUGCAAGACAAAAUGCUGCUGCAGGAAGAAUUAGCUGACCGAAUCAGUCAACUCUUCCUUGUUUUCACGAACGAAGAACAGCGAGUACUAUUCAUCCAAUCCAUUUUUAAAAGUCUUGCAAAAGAAUGGAAUCACAUUGAUAGAUGGCGUAUGGAUAAAUUUUUGAUGGUGGAUGAUGCGUCGUGUUCUGCGUGCAUUAUUCAAAUACCUAGCUUCGUUGAAGUGGAAGAAAUUAGUGAGAGACGCUUACUGGGAUGCGUUUCGCAAUACGACUUUAUCGACUGGUAUGGUCUCUUAACGCUUUUUCUUCCUUGUCAAAGUUAUGGAAGAAUUGUAAUCAUUUCAGAUCGCUCUUUUCCCGACGGCCUCAAAUUCCAUUUUGCUUCACUUAUUCUUGAUGAGUUAGACAAUGCAGGUUGGUUGUAG